GGUUCCAAGGGCCGCGAUGACCUCUCAUACUGGCACAACUUCGCGAUGCGAUUUUUCUCCCAAAAUGGCGUAUUCCGUCAUUCAUUGCAUAUUACCGAUGCCGAAGAUACGACCGAUAAACAAUACGAAAUCGCAUACCCGGCCAUUGCUCGCUACUUCCAUACUCAUUUUGGUAGCGGCGUCAAGAGCAUACAGCUGGUCAUGGAUAAGGGUACGACAGAUCGACCUCUCCCAGGAGACUGUCACUGCAUCGAGAAUGCAAAGUCCAGCCUUGUGUAUUGGUAUGAGACUGGAUCUCACUUGGUCGCGAGUGGUACUUUGCGAGUACAGUUUGACGCAGAACAGAAGAUCGAGCUGUUCGAAUUUCUUACAACAAGUCACGAAGAAUACAUCUCACGAAAACAGGUUAUCGAUGCCGCUAAACCAGCCCAUAUGUGGAUGAAGGAAUGGCACAAGACAAACUCGCAGGAUGGCAAAUCACCUGAAUUGUCUAAGAAGGGCAAGGGUCGACAGCUGAAGUCCCCCCAAACACAGCCUCCAGAGGUCCUGGUUGAUCUGCCAGACUCGGCUGUGAAUAGCAAGGGUGUGACUGAAGCUGUAUUCCAGUUUCUUGAGAUUGUUGAAGUGAUGGGACAGAUGAACCCAUUAUUCCAAUUCUAUCACUCGAACCCCGGUAUGGGCGCAUAUCAAGCUCUCGAGCAAUACGUCUCAACAACUAUCAAUGGAGCUCCUCCAAGCAUGAAUGGUCAACAAAUGCCCCCCGGGGCCCGCACACCUAGCUUUGGGCAAUUCCCGAUGGGCACAAGCCCGGCUGCGGCUCAUAUGAAUCUACCUGGAUCACCUCACAUGGGCAGCCCAGCACCCGGUCAUAUGCAGGCCCCUGGAAUGCAGAUGCAGCAAAGUCAACAAGGUACAGGGUCAAGCGGACCUAGCGCAAACACAUCCCCUGCUUCGAACAAGCGAAGAAGACCGUCAGCAGUGAAAGAGGAGGAUGGAUCUGGAGCUCCUACGCCCAAUGCUAAUGGAAUGCCUCGCAACGCCAAGCCUCCCACACCAAGAAUGCCAAAACGACUUAAGGGUAACCCGCCUGCACAGUAAAUGAUGCUAUACUCAAAUGCAACUGUCAUUAUUUACUCUUUUUUUGUUCUAUUUUCAUUUUGCAUUUUGCAUCAUGCUGCAUGGUGGCGUCAUUCCUUUUUGGUUUCACCUUGGGCGCUGGCUCUUUAGGGAAAAUACUUGGUUGCGGCAGAAUGAAUUUAUAUGGGGUGAUUCGUAUCCUCGCUGUCAUCCAUCUAUCUAUUUCUCGCCAUCCUUGUCACCUCCUAGCGAUUGCUCCGCAAAACCUCCAAGGAGCACAUCUCGCACUGGUGGUUGCCUUGUCGAGCAGUGAGUAAUUUGGGGCUCAGAGACGUGGGUGACGAGGCUAUGCGAGUCAUUUGCACACGCACAUCACGACAGUAAACGAAAUCGUCAUGGGCCUGUUUCUUGAGCAACAGGAUCAACAAAUAGAAGCGGAAGGCGGGUCUGAGGUUUAAUCUGGGUAACAGAGUUGCAGUUACUCGUGUACGACUACAGGGGCUUGCGGCACAGGUCGACUUCCAUGGUCCCGGGCACCCUUUUUCUUUCCGUUUUUAGUCAUGUGCAUUUGCUUUUUACUCGACUUUUUGUUGGAAAAGACGUUCAGCAAACAACCGGGUGUACAUGGAGGAGUUUGGAGACACGGGGUAUUGGUCCAGCCUGUCACAGUUAUCAGAUGUUGCGUUAAUUCAAGAGUCAAAAUAAAGAAAGAGAUGGAAGAGGUGGGGAAGGCUCUGUUGCUUUAUGAGCAGUUUGGAAGUGCGAUGCUGUCUAUCAUGGGUGUUUUCAAAUUAUAC